CAAGGACCAAAACCUAAGCCAGGUGGUUUCGUCCCAAAAAAGCAGGAGAGUGAAAAUUGAUACACCUGUGUUUGAACGUAUUUGACAGUCCUUUUGCAGGUACCAUGAACAUCCAGGAAUAUUUCACCAGAAUUUCUUACAAAGGCCCCAGUGAAAACCUGGACUUGGAGACCUUAACUGCAAUCCUCCAGCACCACAUCCGGGCUGUGCCCUUUGAAAACCUCAGCAUCCACAGCGGGGACACCGUUGAGCUGGAGUUAGAACAAGUUUAUGACAAAAUAGUGAGGAGGAAACGUGGUGGCUGGUGCCUAGAAAAUAACCAGCUGUUAUCCUGGGUUUUGAAAACACUGGGCUAUAAUCUCACUCUUUUAGGAGCAAAAGUGUUCAGCCCAGAAAAUAAUGCAUAUGCUGAUGAAAAUAAUCAUCUUCUUCUCAAAGUGGUCCAGGAUGGGAAAUCCUAUAUUGUGGAUGGAGGCUUUGGCAUGGUCUAUCAAAUGUGGGAGCCCAUGGAGCUAAUUUCUGGGAAAGACCAGCCCCAGACUCCUGGCAUCUUUCGAUUCCUGGAAGAAAAGGGGACCUGGUAUCUGGAGAAGAGCAAAAGGAAGGCAUACAUUCCCAACCACAGUGACGCUAAGCCUGACCCUCUGCAAGCAAGUGACUGUAGGAAGAUUUAUGCUUUUACCCUUGAACCACGAGAAAUAGAAGAUUUCAGGGUUCAAUGUGCGUAUCUCCAGACAUCCCCCAAUUCUAUUUUUGUAACAAAGUCCAUCUGCAGCCUCCAGACCACUGACGGGAUCCGGGCAUUAAUUGGGUGGAAAUACACCGAGAUAAAAUUCAAUUUCAAGCAGAACAUGGACCUGGUAGAAACCACAAUUCUUCCCAAUGAAGAGAUAGAGAAGACACUAAAAGUUAAAUUCAAUAUAACUCUCGAUAAGAAACUUCAACCAGUGAAUGCAGGAGGCAGGUCGUCUAUGUUUUAGAGUCUUGACCAGAAUAUAGUCCUGUGCUGGAAUAUCAAACUGAAUCUCUCUUAGCAUUCAAUGAAUUGGGAAAAAGAACACCUGGACUGCUGCUUUUUACCUUGCAUAUUGUAGAGGGUAGCAUAUAGCAUAUACAGGGUGACCAUACUUCCCAGUCUGGCCGGGACAGUCCCUGAUUUCAUAGGCUGUCCUGGCCAGUUGGCUAAAAUUGAAGCAAAUUCCCAUGUCGGAUGGAGCAGGGUGGGCUGUGGGAGGGGACUGGGGCUUGGGCAUCUGCGUGGGGCAAGCCAGGAUGGCUGCCCGCUGCUGGCAGCCUUGCACUCUGCUUCUGCAGCCACUCCCGAGGCCUGGGCUGCACGUGGUGGCCCUGGGGAGCUGCUGGUGGCGGGGAGGAGGCGCCGUGUGGUGGUGAGGGCUGGUGGAGCCCAGGGGGUGCCCAAGAGGGGCCACUACUAGCCUCUGCAUGGAGGGGAUGGAGCCUGGAUGUAGGACUCUGCACUAUCCCAC